AUGUUUGACCACCGACAAACGCUGAAUGAGGAGCUGCUGGAGGAGGCGAUGGAGUGUGCCGACAGAAGCCCCAGCAGGGAGUAUGGCGACAGCAGGCCCGAAUCGACAAGUGCGGCGGCCGCGACUUCCACCACAAGCGAAGUGGCGGCAGUAAAACCCGGCAGAAGAAUCGCCCGCGUCAUUGAAGAAGUCAUGCGAUCCAUCGAGGGGCGCGCGAGGGCCGUCACGCGUAAAAAAUUUUGGCACGAAGAAGAAUCUUUUGAAACUUGUAGCUCCCGCAUGAAUCACAACGCAGAGGAUGGCAUACAGAUGUACCGCAAUAUGAUUCCGGACCCGGUGAUUAUAAAGGGCCUGCCCACCCAUGAUGAGAAGGAGAUGAUCGCCUUUUUGCAGAACACGGAGCAUUUUUGCCUGCUGCGACAUGACGAGAUGCGAGAGGUGGUGCAUGCCUCCCUACGCCGUGAAUAUCUGCCGGGAGAAGUUGUGCUUCCAGAGGGCGGACACGCACCGCACAUGUACAUUGUUGUUGGGGGUGAAGUGGAGGUGUUUGCCCCAAACGACGGCGGCACGGACUCGCCUCAGCGAUCGACACGUGCACACCCCUCGCCUCCUAAGACGCAAAAAAAAUGGUCUUGCCGUGCAGGUGGCACAUAUUGUUUUUUGGAUGCCGCUCAAAAAGAAGAUGAUCUCCAGCAAUCACGGGUGUUUCAUAAAGAGGAACUGUGUCCAGAGGUGUUACCGCUUGUGGAGGAAUGUGAGGCCAUGACGCACUGUGGCAAGGUGAAGCCUGGCAUGGUUUUCGGCCUGGAUCUCUGUGUCCUCAAAGACGCCUCCCCACUGCGGUACGUCGCCGGCAUCACCUCCGAGCGCACGGUGCUGGCAUUACUUCCCCUGCGAGCAGUCCAGCAGCUGCUGGGGAAAAGCCCGUGUUUUUCCCAAAGUGUGGGUCGGCACUUGGGCGAAGGUGAUAUUUUUAUUCCGGUUCGUGAAUUUUGCCGUUAUGUUUUUAUGCCCUCUGCGGCGAUGAAUGAGUAUCUCCCGCUCUGGACAAUUCUCGAUCGUUACACAAAGAUUGAGAACGUCAUUCACACAAAGCUGAAGAGCAAUACAAUAGACACAGCGGCGUGGAGUUACGCGUUGAAUCGUCUCCCGGAAAAUGUCACGACAACUUUUUGCUUUAAUCUCGUGUUGGCUCUACCGCCAUUUGUUGCGACGCGGAUGCGAGAAGAGGCGAAAAAGGCGGAUGUUCGUCAUUUCUUAAAGUUUGGAAAGAAUAAAUCCACAACAAAUCGAACCGCUAUUACAUACAUCCGCACCAAGGAACGCCGUCGCUGCACGUGGCAUUUGGGAAUGGAAGGAAAAACUCUCGUGCUGCUGCGUGAUGGAUACACGGAUCUUCUUGAUUUCCUCUCCAUGCUGUGUGUACAUAUCAUUGAAAGCAACAAGCUCCGAGGCCGUGUGCAAGGACUGGUGCACCCACCGGCUAUUGAUAUCUUGGACGAAUAUUUGAAUAACCGUGAGGCGGAUGAAAGCGCUGGGGUGGUGCGCGACAAGGCACUUGAGUUGGAACGUAUUCAAGAGGUGUUAAAGAAUUUGCCCCUGACAAAAGAAGAACAGAAGGGACUUUUGGAUUUAUGGCAGACGGAUUGCCUUGUUAAAAUUUAUGAGGUGAUGAUGCAUCGAGAGGAAUUUAAUGUACGCGUGGAUCCAGGUGUAUCCCGUAAGUUUCAGACGAAUCCAUUCGUUGAAUGGGCACUCAAUCUGCGUGCUUGUAUCAUGCAGAAAAUGGGUCUGAACAGUCACUGGGUACCGCCGGAUGAUCUUUGCAUUGAUAUCGUUAGCAGUAAUACACACUGUAUCAAGAAUCUUCUUUCUAGCUUUCACCGCAAGCAUCGGCAAGCCAUUGAGGAGUAUGCACGACGUGAUAAACGACUCGGGCCUUUGGAAUCCUGGCACGUAGAGGAGGAUGCUUUUUAUGCCUCAACCACGGGAUUACUAUCUACAGAGCGAACAGACCUUAUGGAUGAUUAUGCAAAAGCCCUGGAGGAGAGUGGUAUAAUGGUGCUUGUGGACACGGCUAUGACAGGGCUUCAGGUGGACAUUAUUCCUGUGCAUGCGUUAAACUUUGAGACUAUAGACACUGUGUUGCAGGAAUCUCUGAAGCGUAUUUCCGGGUGCCAAGGACGGUUGGACUCCAAAAGCUGGCUGCAAAUGUGUCAACCACGACCUUUAACCAAAAAAAGCACGGAUGAAAUGUCGUCCCCCUUUUUGAG